CACAGGCGCGCUUAUCGCUUUUUUGCGCUACAAUAACAGAAAUUGGUAACAUCACUUCGCAUCGAUUCAUCUUAUAAUUUAACAACAAAAAGAAAUGAGCAGUGAAGAAUUGGAUCAAUUUUUUAGAGAUCCUAUGGUUUUAGCUCAUAUCGAGUCAUUUAUGGAUGCGCAUUGUUCUAUAUUCACAUGUGAAAAAGAAAUUCAUGCUGAACAUUAUGUUGCACAUAAAGCAUUUUCAGAAAUGAUGAAACAUCUAUUAUUAGACAAUUCAUCAAUUCAAUAUAAUCAAAUUCAAGAAAUCUAUGCUACUUAUAAAAUAACAAAUGAAGAAAAUUUCUUAUUGAAUUCCAUUUCUUACAUAAUUGCUUCAUGGAAUUUUGAAUUAUUUUAUCAAUUAAUGACUUUAAUCAAUGUUGAUUUACAAUUGGAAGCAUUACAUUUUAUUCAACAAAAACAUCACAAUCAAUCUGUACAAAUUGAUUCCAGCAACAACAACAAUGAUAACACUGAGUUGAUGAAUAAUAACUCUACUACACAAAUAAAUCAAAAUGAAAUAACUGAUAUGUUAUUAGAAAAAUCUCAACAAAAAAAUGGAGUGAUGAAUACAAUCAAACAAACAAUUCAAAAUGAACUUUGUGAAAAUUGUCAGGUAAAAAACAAUGAACAAUUAAUAACGAAGAUUGAUUCUAAUAUUGCUCGUGAUAUACCUACAACAAUUCACACUAACCGUCCGGAAUCAAAACUAGAUUGUUCCGCUGAUACAAUGACAUCAUCAUCAUCUGAUGACAUGUCAACAAGACAUAACAAUAAUGAAUCUAUUCAUCAACAGAAAUAUGGUAAUACUUCAAAGCCAACUGAAGAUGAAUUAGUUGAGAAACAAGCAUUUUUACGUAAACAACGUGAUUUACUAGUGGAAAUACGUCGUAAAAAACGUGAACAAUUAUUAUUAUUAUCUUCUAAUCAGUUACAUAGUUCAACGGAUGACUGUCUUAAAGAUACUACUAAUAAUGUAAGUUGUGAAACCAAACAAUUCGAAAUUUUCAUUUUUCCUCUGUUCAGUUAUAAUAGAACACUAGACUACGAAGGUUUUAAAACAUAA